UUUGUGUAGAGCCGUCCUGAGCACUGAACUUGCGCGGUCUUUACUUUCACUAAUACCCCGCACUUCCCGCACGGCCUCCCCAUGUAUAGCAUGUUGGACACCGAUCUCAAAAGCCCCGUGCAGCCCCAAAAUGCUUCCAACGGGGGCAGCGUUACUCCGGGGGGCAAAAGCAACGCGUCUACUCCAGACCAGGACCGGGUCAAGCGUCCCAUGAACGCCUUCAUGGUAUGGUCCAGGGGACAGAGGCGGAAGAUGGCCCAGGAGAACCCCAAGAUGCACAACUCUGAGAUCAGCAAGCGGCUGGGGGCGGACUGGAAGCUCCUCAGCGAUGCAGAGAAGAGACCGUUCAUAGACGAGGCCAAGAGGCUGCGGGCUGUGCACAUGAAGGACUACCCGGAUUACAAGUACAGACCCAGGAGGAAGACCAAGACGCUCCUGAAGAAAGACAAGUACUCCUUGCCCGGAAACCUGUUGGCUCCCGGGGUCAGCCCGGUGGGCAGCACUGUGGGAGUUGGACAGAGGAUUGAUACUUAUGCCCACAUGAAUGGCUGGACUAAUGGGGCUUACUCCCUGAUGCAGGACCAGCUGGGUUACUCCCAACACCCAGGUAUGAACAGCCCCCAGAUCCAGCAGAUGCACAGGUAUGACAUGACCGGCCUGCAGUACAGCCCCAUGAUGUCUUCUGCCCAGACCUACAUGAAUGCAGCCUCCACCUACAGCAUGUCACCUGUCUACAACCAGCAGACCUCCACAGCCAUGAGCCUGGGAUCCAUGGGGUCAGUGGUGAAAUCUGAGCCCAGCUCACCCCCUCCAGCCAUUACCUCCCACACUCAGAGAGCCUGUCUGGGAGACCUGAGAGAUAUGAUCAGCAUGUACCUGCCUCCAGGUGGGGAUGCCAAUGACCCAUCCUCCCUCCAGAGCAGCAGGUUGCACAGCGUCCACCAACAUUACCAAAGUGCUGGGACUGGAGUAAAUGGCACUGUACCCCUGACUCAUAUCUGACUAAUACCCUAAAGGACGCAUUGCUUGCCUAGCAGGCAGAUCAGGACUUCUUUUAUCAAGUUUAAGGACAAGGAAUCAAAAGGGUGUUUUUGUGUUCUUAUAUCUUGUUUUUAAUUUUGUACAAAGUUUGCGCAAACUUCCUUUUAGAGCACAAAAUAUUCUGUAUUUUUGGGGCAUUCUGUGGACUUGUAAGAGAAAAAAAACAGAUGCACUCUUAAACUGGCUUUCCUUUAUAUAUAAAAGGAUCUUGUAUCCCCUUUCUAGAAUUUUAAACAAUGGGAAGAACAUAAAGCAGACAUCUAAGGUUUACACGUUUUAUUCAAAUGCUCAACACCUGCUUGAGUUUUAUCCAAAACUAGACUUUAUCUUUUUGUUUUUUUCUUAGACUGUAUAAGAGCUGUGCGGGUCGCAAACGCAAGUUGUUUGUUUUUCUUAACUUUAUUUUUUUUAUUUAUAGUUUUUCCAUCAGACUGUAAACUUAUGUAAAUGUGUUUAUAUUUUGUGUUUUUAAUGUUCAUGACAAACUACUGUGAAUCUUGUUUUAACAUAUCUCCCAAUGGGAAAUGUCCUUAGUUUUUGCUUUUUUCCCCUUGGUUUAUAAAGAUUUUAAAUUGAAAGAGACAUCCAAUAAAUUUUUUUUUUCUUCGUGGAA